CAGAGGCAUAGUGUGGAGGCUGCUACAUGCAUACAGAUUCAAGGAAGAGCAACAUGCUCAGGUUACUUCAUCACUGCUUGAUAGCUGUGAGCUUGGCUGGGUCCUUGAUGCUCCUGCCACUCUGCUGUGCUGACAUUGAAGUCAUACAGCUGGAGACUGAAUAUGAUUCUACUCCUUUACCAGAUUAUGACUACAAUGCCACAUUUGACUACUCUUUCUACAGCAACAGCAGCACUGAAGAGCUGGAGAGAUUCUUUAAGGAAAAGGAAACUGAAGCUGAUAAUAGGGGCUUGGAUAUAACAGAUCCACCUUCCACUGUGUCCACAGUCUCAAACGAGGCCUUUAAGAGAGUAUAUUCAAGCUUACUGCUCAUGCUGAUCUUGGCUGCUCAUCAGCUGCUCAGACUCCUCUAGGACACACACUGCACAUCCCAGGACAUCAUCACACACAAACACAUGAGGACUCAGAGGAAAAACAGAGAUGGACAGACAACCUCAAUGGAGGACCAGAGACAUGGAAAACUGAGACUGAGGGAAAAAAAAGGCACACAGACUUAAUCAAACAAGCAAACCUCACAUCAGAGAGGCAGCUAUAACUUGUUCUAGACUUUCAUUGCUGUAUCAAUGUAAACAGGAGACACCAAAAGACUCAAUAUCCACUACAAAUCCAGAACAUACUAAAUGUAGAUGGAGAGGAUGUGUGAGACACACAGCUUAAUUGAACUAUCCAACUGUGCCUUAUAAUUAUAGAACAGAGGGACAAAAAGCUUUGGCUAAACAGCAAUAGAAAAAUAAAGACUAUGGAUUUAUGAAUGUAAAAAAAAAAAAUGGAUAAAUGGAUUUCAGUGCAAUUUUAAGGUCAAUUUUUAAUAACGGUAUAUAACAUGGCUUAUUUUAAUAACCAAAAUUCUGCAAAGAAUGAAAUGCUCCAGUGUGUGUGUCUGUUUGUGCACAUGUGUUGCCUCAACAUUUUACAUUAUUUUACAUCAGAUCAUUGUACACACAGCAACACAUCCUCAGAAUCCACUCAGUUUCUACCAAAAUAGAAAUAUCCAAGUUAUAUUGCUUCACUGAAAAAUGCAUUACUACACCACAUCAUACAUGAGUCCUUUAUACAACACGUUAUUCUUUAAAUUGAUUCCAAUUUUUUUACUUUAAGUACAUGGACACACUGUGAACGUCAUAGCAGAAAGUACAAAUCCUGUUGAGCCUCGAAGAUGCAUGGCGUACACACAGGCACUUUCCUAAGCAAAUGCACUUCUUUCAUUAACGCCACUUUUUCAGAGCUCCCGGGUGGAUAUACCCUUACAGAAAGUCACAUUUAGUUCACACAUGAUCAUCUAUCAUUUUUCCCAUGUGAAAAAUACGUGAUCACAUGUAAAAAAACAAACAAACAUGCAUUUCGUAUAUGCUCUGAAAUAGCAUGUGAGCUCAAGUACAUAUUAGCUAAUGCAGAAUAAUGUGUAUUAAAUAAUUAAAGAAUAAAUCCUUUGUACAAAAACAGCAAAUAAACCUCACAUUUGAAAUUAAAUAGAUUUUUGUGAAAACAAAACAAACACAUGAGCAUUCAAUAAAAAAAUAAGAUAAAAUAAACAACAGCAAAAACAAACAACAGGGAUCACAUGUGUAUAUUGUAAUUAUUUACAUGUGAAGUUUGUGUGAUUUCUGUAAGGGUAAUGCUUUACGUAUUAUACUUUACAUACUAAAAUUUAUAAACCUGGCACAAAGAUUCCACUGAAAAAUAAAUUGCCAUUUAGUUUUUGUGAGCUAACAUCUAUGUUGUUAAUAAUUCUGAAUAUUUGUACCUAAACCAAUAAAGAAAUGU